AGGCUGGGGGUUCCGAGACUCAGACAAAAACAAACCAAAGAUAACUUAUGACAUCAGGUCACACGAACUUCAAUUCCUGGAUGGCGGUUCAGAGUUAAUCCCACGCCGGAUUUCUAAAAGGGGGACUGACUGACAGAAAGGCUCGAAUAACAACGGAACGAGGAAAUUGACGAGGGCUAACCACGUGCAAAACAAAGUUGUUCUUCGCUGAUAACCCUGCAACCUGAUGCGCCGCAGGUCAGUGCGCGCAAGUCCUGCAGAGAGUCUCUUUCCUCUCCACGGAGACCCCGCAUCCGAGCAAGCGAAAGAUGUCCAUUCUCCUCCUCACAGUGCUGUCCUCGCUGGUGGUGCGCCACGUCGAUGCGUGGGGCGCCAGCGUGAAGUACGCGGUGAACUGCCCGGACAGAUGCAGCGUGGAGCGCUGCGGCGGGACGCAGCGCUGCGCCCGGACGGUGCUGGAUGACUGCGGCUGUUGCCAGGUGUGCGCAGCCGGCAGAGGGGAGCACUGCUACCGCACCGUGUCGGGCAUGCACGGGGUGAAGUGCGGGCCGGGAUUAUUCUGCGAGUUCUACAAGGACGAGGACGAUUAUGGAGACGAAUACGGGAUAUGCAAAGACUGCCCAUACGGCACCUAUGGAGUUGAGUGUCGUAAAUCAUGCAACUGCAAAGGGGGAAUCUGCGACAGGGAGUCUGGAGCUUGUCUCACCCUCACCUUUUUCUCCAAAAUUGCUGGAAAGCUUAAAACUGGACCAAGACCAGGUGAGACAGGCUCAGGUGAAGUGAGUUCUGCGCACACCGACAGAUCCGCCGCUCCAAAGAGACUCUCCCCCCGCUGACAACACUUGAAAAAUGGAACAUUAACUUAUAAAUGAGCCGAAAAUUAUAUUUUAUUAUGUUAAAAAAGAUGAUUUUUACACCAUUUGAAAGUUUUGUUUUUAUUUCUUUAAUCAAUUUUCACAAAUCUAAUAUCGAUUUGAAUAUGUUUUUGUUGUUAAAUGACAGCUACACACCUUGAAUUUAUUUCUUCUCAAUCUUUUCUGUUUAAUGCAAACUGCUAAUGCAGAAAAUGUCAUGUAGCUCUAAUACAUCAGCUGAAUAAAAGCAAAGUUACCAACUGUUAA